AUUAGCGACAAGAAAAAAGAGCAAAAAAAAUCCAGAUCUUCUCAAAAUGGCGGCACCUAAUAGUGUGUCGGCUACUGAAGGACAGUCAUGGAAUUCUUGGGCCGAAACUAUCGGCUUCAGGAGUCCAGAAAACGAAGAAGCCGAUACAGAGGCAGAGACAGCAAAAAAAGAGAGCGAUGCCAUGAAAUUAAGAAAAGAGGAUAUGGAACUUUUCGGAUUUUGUCCAGCUUGGGAUGAUUUCUAUUUAGUUGUGUGUGAAAUAUGUAACCAAGUCACAAAACCACAGGCUCUGCGAAAUCACUUGGAGCAGCGCCAUGGGAGCAUUGCGAACUUUGGUCGGGGUGACCACACUGCUGACCCGUCUGUGCUUCACCCGGCGGGUGGAGGGAAGUCAUCGGGGCACAGCUCCUCGUCUUCAUCGUCGUCAUCAUCAUCUUCGACGUCAUCGUCUUCCGCACCGCGACACUCUAGUGGGCCUGCCGGGCGCCCGUCGUCUACGGCAAAGGCUCCAUCUGGGUCCUCACUGUCAGGGAGGCACAACAGUGCGGUGGAACGUCUAAAACGCAACAACCACACGCUGGCCCCCGUUGUCCGGGUGGAGCGAAUGCCACUUCCACGACAGCCCGAUGCCAUGGCCGCCCGCAACAGCUCGCCAGGCCGUGAAAAGGAAUUGCCUUCACCUCAGCAGCCGCCACCUUUAACCCCUGGAGGACUGGGACUGCUGUCUGGGCCGGGGCCAGGGCAGGCCAAUCACGUGACACCCGACGCAAGCACCAGCAGCACGUCAGCGAUGGCAGCUGCGACGACUCCAGCUGUGGCACCUACUCCCAUCAGGAAGGCACCUUCCAGCAGUGGUUCCACAGCGAGCACCGGUUCAUCUCUUGGAAAGAAAAUGCAGCGGGAGAGAAAACUGCUGCCUUGUAAAGAUCGUGAGUAUGACCCAAACAAGCACUGUGGUGUCCUUAUUGGAGACAGUGGGAAGCCGUGCACACGCUCCCUCACUUGCAAAACUCACUCCUUGACGCUGCGCCGAGCUGUUGCAGGACGCCGCAAGAAUUUUGACGAGCUUCUGACAGAGCACCGAGCCACAAAAGAAGCAGCACUCAAUGCCAGCAAAUCAGCACAUCCACCAUCGUCAUCAACUACUAGUUCUGCAACAGACGGAGUUGCCGCAUCACCCGCACCAUCACCACUGUCAUCUCAUCAUGCCGGCGGCCCAUCAUCCACUAACGUGGCAGCAUCUUCUGCCGGAAAGCACGGAUGCCCCGGUGAAGGUACACCUUGGAGCUUGGCCUUUUUGCCAAGUGUCAGCAUUCUUCUGGGAAAUCCAUCUCUGCCAGGCAACAGGACGUCCGGGGGAUCAGGGCAUUUGCUUGUACGAGCCCCAAGUGGUGGUUCCAAGCAGACUGUGUUAUCCAGGGGGUCCAGUACAGCUGCUGCCUCCUCAGCUGGAGCCACUGCCAAACAGGACCAGCACACAAAAAGCACUCCUAUGGACACCACACCUGCUACACAGGCAAGUAGCCAGCCGGCCAGUAGCAGCUCUGCAAGCUCUGGAAGCACAGGGCGCCAAAGGCCUGACCACAGCAAUGAUCCAUAUGUCUUGCACCACCCAAGGCCAGCAGCUGUAUGUACCUUUGGCUUGAGGCAAAUGGGCAAUGGCCUGUUUCUACUGGACCGGCGGUGGGAUGCGACACGUGCUGCUCUGGCCUCAGCACUGGGCACUGAUGGCACACAACCACCGCCCCUGAAGAGACUCUGCGUGGUCGGCUCGCGGCUUCCAAAUGCUGCUGGUUCCAGCUACGUCAGUUCAAACAAUGAACACCAGCGUUCUGCUGAUCCGUACAGCUUUGGCAAUGUUGCAGUGGUGGAAACUCCUGUUGCAGUGGCCACAUCACAGACUUCAGUGCCACAUUCUCUGGCUGCUGCUGUACGAAGCAGCCCGUAUCCAACCAACACAAGCGGGGGCACGGCAAGCACUCAGGCAGUGCCUACAGCUAUUGCCGCCCACCCUGUGUCAAAAGCCACACACCCAUCAAAGCAAGCAGCUUCGUCCAGGAGUUCAGCGAGCAAUGGUGGUAGUGGUGGUAGCAAUGUGCUCCUAUCCAGUGCACCUCGCAAAAAGAAGCCAGUCUCCUCCACCAUUACUGCUGUGGUGACGUCUUCAGCUCCGUCAGUAGCCUCAUCACUGGCCACGUCAAUGGCGACAGGUGUGCCAGUGUCAUCUGUGGCUUCUGCAGUGCAAGUGCCGUUGUCAGGCACGCCAGUGACAUUUCCAUUUCGGACCCACCUGGGUGCACUUUCGAGACUUCAGGUGUCGGGUCAGAGUGUGGCACCCAAGGAUGGAGGGACAGCCAUGUUGGUGACCACGACGGAUGUGCUCAACGGGCAGGUCAACAGCAGUGGCUUGCUUCACUCGGUGACUAUCAGCAAACCAGCAGUGGCCACAACGUUGCUGCAGUGUCGCCCUGUCGAUGAGAAAGCUACAAAGCCAUCUGCUGGGCCUACCCUGCUGAAGGCACGAAAACCCAACCCUCCUGCCUCCGGGCGCACCUCAGCACCUGUGAUCAAGAACCACCACCAGCCUCCCAUCUCCCAAGGCUUGGCCCUGCCGGAACUGUUAGCAGCACCACAAGUGCCUGUGCCUGCAGCAAGCCAGCUUCCCAAUGGUAUGCCUACAGUACUUGGGCAGAGCAAGUUGUUCUCUGUGCCUAACCACUCAGUACAGGGAGUGCUGGAUGGCAACACUUAUCACCAGGCUCAAUUGGUUGCAAAAGGGGCACGGAAUGGCUCGAGGUCGCAUCCCGGCCGUGCUGUGCUGCCCGACACAGCAUCCAGCGUUAUGACCGGUUCUACAGCCACGUCACUGCCAGCCUCAAUGGCCAAACAGCAGCUCUACCAGCAGGUUCUAGCGGGACAGGUGCAAGCUCAGCUGGUGCCGGCAGCCCUGAAGCUUCCUUUGUUGCUCCCAAAUGACGAGCGGCGUCACAGGCCACAGCAGCCGCAUCUCAAGGUGCCUGGUGGAUCACUGCCAACGUGAGAAUUGCCGACUCCAACGUCAGUGCUGUUACUUUCCCGUGUGCCUGUGUAAAUAAGUGGACAACACGACUGACUCGAGAUUGUGUGCAAUCGGGAGCCGGCAGACAGCUCGCAGCACCCAUCACGCUUCCUGCAGCGAAUCACAGCAGAUGCCUGUAAAGGGCCGAAAAGUAACAUCGUGGUACUGUAAUAUCGGAUGGGCCUCGGGAUUUGUGCCUGCACUGCACUGCGAUUGACAACCUCCGUUCAGUCAGCACUGUGUCCCGGCCCUUUUUUCGCAUGGUGUUCCAAAAAAUGCAGAGACAGGACAGUGUCGCGCAGUGAAAAAAAGCGGUGGGAGCCUGAUGCUGCUGCUCGGCAGCAACAUCAUGUUGCGGUGUUCACAUCUUCGUUUGCCUUGCCAUGACCAAAUUAGGGAAACUUCAAAAUUAUGUGUUUGUUUGGGAAAAUUAAAUCUGGUUCUGCAGAGUGGUUUCUAAAUGCGCUGAAGACCUAGCCAUUGCAGCAGGUAGAAACGCUCUGCUUGCUGGUGAGUUUUGUGUGUUUUGCUGGCUUUAUUAUGACCACUUUGUAGAAAAUUGCCUGUUCUUUGCAAAUGUUCGAGGCCCGUUCGAAAAACCCCUGGGCGCCACCCGCAUUUCUUCAGUGAUGCUUUUCUUGCCCAUUUAUUUAAUUUGUCUUUGAUUUGAACAAUGUAAAUCAAGAGGUGGCGCACUAAUGCAAGUACACUGUGCCAUGCUGUGAACUUUCUCUAAACCUUUUGAUGUGUUUAACUGCAGGCCAUGGUUGGCAAAUUGUAAAGAUUCUUGUUUCACUUACAUUGCUAAAAUUAAGUAAUUUUUUUCCCUGUAGAGUCUCUCUCUUAAUUGGCUCACGUUAAAGUGUGCAUUCUUAAACCAUGAUUUUGUGCAUCUAAUGAGAUUUGUUACUGUUACAGUACCUCUCAGCAACAAUUGGGGCCUGCAGUUAAGACAAUUGAAAAGAAGGACCAGUCAAUUUACACAUUGUUCAAGGAGUCUAAUUUUGAGAUGAUUUUGAAUUGUGAGGGUCUCCAUGCUUGUGCCUUGAAUGUAAUUCUGGGAUUAAUGUACUUUCGCAAUGUCUGGCAUUUCCACAAAAGUUUAGUUUCUAGAAGAGGCUAGAAGCAUUCACCAGCAUUCUGUCGUACCUGACUUGGAACAAACAAGUAUUCUUACUAAAGCUUAGAAUGCCUGCUGCUAGGAGUUCUUGUGCUUUACAAAUGUAGAUUUUGGUUUGAUUUUAUAGCACAGUGACAGCUUGCUCUUCAGCUAACUUGGAUUGGAUUCAUGCAUCUAUGAGCAGCUCCUGUUAAUACUGCUAAUGGAAAUCCCACAUAGUGGAGUGGCAAGGGUGAAUUGUAGUUACUUUAUUCAAGUGCACUUGUAAAGAUCUAAUAUCACCAUUUCCUUCAUGUCAUGAAGAAGUACUUUUCUGUAUUGAAUACAGCCAAUAACUUGGGUUCAAGGAGGGAGGGCAUUGUUAAUGCUUAUUAAGUAUCCUUUAUUUAUGUGCUGGUGUUUCACUUUCUGCUGAGUCUUUCAUCCUUAUUUAAUAACAGGACUUUCUUCAUCCCUGCUGCUAUUGGUGAACCAAGAGGGCACCAAUAUGACAGUUAUUGACUCAUGGCCUGGCAUUGUGCCUGUCUCACAACAAAUACUGAUUCGACACAUCUACAGCUAAUGAUCAAAGCCCGUUGCUUGCAACCGACACGGUGGUAUGCACUUAAUUCAACUGCAUUGUGUGUACAUUUUCAAGGAGGAGGGAGAGCAAACCUAGCAUAACUACACUGUGAGAGACCACUCGUUGAUUGUAAAUAUGUACAUAAAAACUUAGCUCAAUGGCCCAAGACGUAUAAUUGGCUAGUCCAUUUUUUGUGCAGGAAAUCAACAGCACUCCAAAGUGCUGUCAACAACCAUUUGCUCAUUUUGUUAGUUUUAGCACUCUGCAUUGUUUCCGCUGCACUCCUCAUGUUAAAAUUUCUUUCUGCCAUACGGACUGCUUGGAGUACACAUGUAAAAGGUCAGUCAUUCAUGCUUCUGUUAUAAAUUGCGCCCCCCCCCCCCCUUUUUUUUUUCUUUCUGUCUGUGCGACAUUAGGAGGAAUCAUUGGCUCCAAGCACAUUUGCGUAUUUCUACCUCUUGUAAAAAUUACCGUGCAGUUUUUGAAGUGUAUAAAUGUUAUACAUAGAUUGCGUAUGAUAAAUUCUGCCUUACAGACUAACGUGCAGUGCUGUUGCAUGUCCCAAAAGGCAGGUCACUACAGCUUUUUCCCUAGGAUUCUCAAAGAAACAUUGCUGCUGGAAGCAUAUGUGUGUUAACAGUUUUUGAACUUCUUCCGAGGUUGUUGGUGAAAGUUUGUUGUUGUUUGCGAGGUCGCGUCGGCAAAGGAAGGCUCACGUCCAAGGUUUUUUGUUACCUUGCUUGCUUUGCAGGUGUGAAUAACGUGCAAAGAAAAAAAAACAUAGCUUUACCGUGAUUUGCAUAACCUGUUACAAAGCUGUAAGGUGCUUUCUAGACAUCUUUCUUCUUUUCCAGUAAGCGUGAGGGAGCCUAUGGAUAAGCCUAACAAGUCAUGUUGAGGGCGUUAUAGCUCUAAUUUUUCAUUUAGCUGGCUAUGUAUGCUUUACAUAAUUUGUAAUUAGCAUUGGCAAUUGCUACAGUGCAAAAUGCUAAAAUUGGCCUGUACAGAAGCUUUAAAGCACAAGGCGACACCAUGAAACACAUUUGCAAAGUACUUUCAACGUUGUAUUACCUACUGUCUGUCAAGUCUAUUUUGUGCUGUGUAAAGCUCGCAUUUUAGUACUGGCCAUAAUGUUUUUGCAUGGUUACAGAUCCUCCAUGGAAUGAAUUUGGGCUAUGGUUACAGCAGGCUUAUCACGCAACAUGAAAUGGGCAUGACAGCAUUAGGCAACAUUGCAUCAAAAAUGUAUUGAAAAUAUGUUUCGUGUAGGUUCCAGUCGAAAAAGAAAAAGCCAUCAGGCAUAGCUAUGUUCAUGCCGUUUGUGUUACAUGUCCAUACUGUUGGCUCUGUUUUAUCCUCUCCAGUGUGUCGAUCAGGAACUGAGAGCUUCCGUGCAUGUGCCCAAGGAAAGCUUCUCUAAUAAGCUUGCAUACUCAUGACAGAGGUAAUCCUUUGUGCAAUCCCAAUGCAGUUUACCUGGCUUCAUCUGCUGCUGCACCUUGCUUGAGUCGGGGAUUUGAGAACAAAUUUUCUUGAGAAACAGGCUAACAAGUCAUGAGAACAAACAAAAUAAAAAAAAAAAGUUGUAACUCGAUAUAUGGAUCAUGGUCACCCCAGCGUGCACUUAUGUCUGAAUUGAAUUAAACCAGCCAAUUGACACAAAUUUGGACAAUUUGCAAGAAGUUGGCAGAGCUGCACAUCAACUGUUGUGGGAAGUGCAUAAGCGAAUACCUCGUAUCUUUCUGCCAUUGGCAAGUACAUCACUUCACACAUUAUGCAUCGUCUUGCCAAUAGAACUUGGCUCACAAAUGUUUUUGUUUGAGAUGUUAACAUUCCAAAGUUUUUCCCGAUUGCAAGAAGAGUUGUUAUGGAACGCCAAAUGUGUGUUACCUUGUUGGGAUCAACAAGGGCCAGCUAUCAAACAUCUUAAUGUUUUUCUCUCAUUCUGCGUGGUAGCUUUCAUAGAUGUUGGUAGCAUGGGUGGCUUGGCUUUGGCUGUCAUUGAAGUUGUGAGCUGCUUGUAAAGGUUGAAAUUGGGUAAAGGAGUAAGGCUCCUUUCUCUGUGCGUGUCUUAAUAUGCGGCAGGCAUCUGCUAUGGACAUGCCAGUGUGCAUUUUUUGUGCCCAUGCUGUGAUUGUGUGCGUGUGUCUGGAGAAGUCUUGUUUUCUGUUUUUUACUGUGAUACGUGUGUGCAGAACAAGGGAGAGUGUGUAUUAGCAGAAGGCGGACACACGGCUCUGAUGUGAGGGAAAGGUGUAGCCUUUCUGGAAUAUUUCUGAAUGAUGCAUAAUUUUGUACCACACAGGAGUGGGACGGCUCUGCUUUUGAUACAAAGCUUGUGAGAAAAAAAAAAUUGUAUUUAUUAGGGCUGCUCGACGUUUUUUAUGCAAGUUUUAAGAAGGGUGGUGGUACACACACCACCGUGCACACACUUGACAAAGCAGGUGUUGAAUUGCCUUUGUUUUUUCUCUAUCUCUCUGGCGCCAUCUAUGAUGAUGCAGCGUAUUUCUAGUCAUCAUAUUAAAAACAGUAGUCUCUGGAAGUUUGUCUCUAGGUUCUGCGAGGGUGUUACCUUCCCAAAUGAACUAAAAGAUUGUUUUUGCUACUUGCUGCUUCUGAAGAAGGCGGCAUCAUAGUGGGUCUGUGAGAGCAAGUUCAUGAUGUGUGUGCGUGUGUGUGUGUUGUACAUGUGUAAAAAUCGUCUCGUUGCAUUUAGAGCAAGACAUGCUGCAGCUGACAGCCUUCCCCAGCUGUUCUGGAAAAAAAAAAGGAAAGGAUCCUCCGAUCGGUAAUCCCAGUGUACUUUUGUCAUUUAUUUCAAACAACGAACAUCGAUCAACAACUUCUCUGUCAUGUCUAAAGAGGUUCUGGGUAUUUCAUUUGCUGUUCCUGCCAUGAGCAUUGUUUAAAGUUUGGUGUGUAACAUACAACACUUUGGUAACACUGACACACAAGGCCUUUUGUAUAUGCUGUACAUAUAAAUAAAAAGCUAUUUAUCUAUAUAUGCCCUA